CAUGCGGAAAUGAUGCAGGAGUAGCUGCGCUAGAGGACAGUCAGGUUCUCUUCUUUCUUUUCUCCUCGAGAUACAAUGAGAGACUGACCCUUCCCAAGACAGAGCAGAGAGGGAGAGAGAUAGCCUGCCACCCGCUGAGGGAAAUUCUCUGCACGGAGACAAGUCUGACAGGGGGGUAGGGGUUAGGAGCGCAGUCCCGGGAGGUCCCUCCUAGGCCCCGGCCCCCACAAGCCUCACUGCCGGGAGGGUGCACAUUUUUUAUGUGUUUCAGGUUUGCAUCACUCUCACAAGGUUAAGUCAGCGCAUCUCUAGGAUUCUCGUUGCGAUAACUGACUUGACUGCGAGGCGUCCAGACCCGAAACGUCAGCUUUCCUGCUCCUCUGAUGCUGCCUGGCCUGCUGUGUUUAUCCAGCUCCACACCUUGUUAUGUCAGACUCUAGCAUCGGCAGUUCCUACUAUCUCUGACUUGAGUGCGAAAUGCCCUGAGGAGACUAACCACUGAGUUGCACCUGCCAGUUAGAACUGGCGAAGGUCGGGAGAUGUCCAACCUAAACUGGAAACCUUUUGUCUAUGGAGGCCUGGCUUCUGUCACUGCUGAGUUUGGAACAUUUCCAAUUGACCUGACAAAAACUCGGCUGCAGGUUCAGGGUCAGCUUAUUGACUCUCGUUACAAGGAGAUUAAGUACAGAGGAAUGUUACAUGCCUUACUCAAGAUAUGUAAGGAGGAAGGAUUGAGGGCUCUUUAUUCCGGCAUCAGUCCAGCUCUGCUGCGUCAGGCAUCCUAUGGCACCAUCAAGAUCGGAACUUACCAAAGUUUGAAGCGCCUUUUUGUAAGCUGUCCACAAGAUGAAACGCUCCUUGUAAAUGUUCUAUGUGGGAUUCUUGCUGGAGUGGUUUCGUCAUCUAUUGCCAACCCUACAGACGUAUUAAAGAUUCGGAUGCAGGCUCAAAGUGGCCUGUGUCAGGGGAGUAUGAUUGGGAAUUUUAUUAAUAUCUACCAGCAAGAGGGCACCAGAGGAUUAUGGAGGGGAGUGAGCCUCACUGCUCAGCGAGCGGCCAUUGUAGUUGGUGUGGAAUUGCCCGUCUACGAUAUCACUAAAAAGCACAUCAUCCUGUCUGGCCUCAUGGGAGACACAGUCUACACACAUUUUCUAUCAAGCUUUACCUGUGGCUUAGCUGGUGCCUUGGCCUCCAAUCCGGUUGAUGUAGUGCGGACUCGCAUGAUGAACCAGAAAGUGCUUUCAGGGACUCACGUAAUUUACAAGGGGACUCUGGAUGGUCUUCUACAAACAUGGAAGACUGAAGGUUUCUUGGCUCUGUACAAAGGAUUCUGGCCCAAUUGGUUACGUCUGGGGCCUUGGAAUAUCAUUUUCUUUAUUACAUAUGAACAGCUCAGAAAGAUCCCUGUGUAAUGUCCUGUUAAUCUCUGCAGGACUGUUCUUCAUGCUCGCACUGCUGCCUGGCAUUUGUUUGUUGACAGGAGGGAAGCAUUCAUUCACCCUGUUGCCUUCCACCCUUGUAGGGUGUUGCAUGAAUGUUACUGCACUUGAAUUCAGAUACAUUGUGUGGAAAAGAUGACUCACGCACAGCGACCAAUGACUUUAACUUUCUGGUAACAAUUGAGAAGAUUCAAUGCAUUAAAGUCCCAAUUGAUGAUGGUGAUACUGCCAAAUAGGAAACCACUCAACAGAAAUGGGGUUGUGGGGUAGAACAACCCAACUGUGAAUGUCAGGCUGCACAUACAUACCCUCACACAUUCACAUGCAUUGCGUGCUCAGCACAUAACUGGGAAUGUGUCUUUGGGGAGGUGUGUGCGAAUGUGGGGGUUACUCAUAAAGAAGUCUUUUGCACUUGAAGCUAAACAUGUUUUUGGACUGCCUUGAACUUUCUGGGCUUCAAAGGUUUGCCUAUGACCCCUGGUCCACAUAUCAGCUUAUUAUCUAUGUUCUCAUUAAUGAGUAUACUCAUUAAGAUCCCAAAUCAGCAUUUAUCUACCAGUGAUACAAAAACAGAUUUCUGCGGCCCAGAACACAUGGAUUGCCAACCGAGCAGAGUGGUGCAGACUCGAAGGUGAGCUAUUGGGUUUUGGACCCCUCACCUUGCACAGUGCAGAGGUUGAGAUAUACUGGGCUCAGACCUUAGAAUGGCAUUAUGCACAACAUAGGAAGUGAGUUUCUGUGGCUCGAGUCCUUCAACAAAUAUGCAUAAUGUUGAGGAUAGGUAUCAUGAAUCUUGGGAGCCUCUGCCACAUUCCACACAAUGUUGAUAUGCCAAAUCAAUUAGUAGCACAGAACUUGCAUUCACUGUUUACAAAGUUGAGACUGGUUUGGAGGAAGAACAUUUGAAGUGUAUUGGUAAUUGGUGUAUUAUGUCAGGACUGAGCUUCAGUUGGAUACAGUCACCAAACAACUCACAUCACGAAGCUGCUUCUCAAAUUUCAAAAACAAUGAUUCCUUAAGAAUCAAUCAAAUUUACAAUAGAUCCUCAGUGUGAUUUCUUUUAACAUAUUCCUGAAGGUCUAAUUUUGAAGCUGGCUUUGCUUGGUGUUGAACUGGUUCAUUCUGCUUUCUCGCUGAAAGUGUGAUGUGUUAAACACCUGGUGAUUUUGACACUGUCAGUCCAGUUGGCAGACACUUCCCACCUUCGUGCAGAGCAGCCCUGCACUAAGAAAUGAGCCUGUAGCCUGGUCUGCAGGUGCUUUCCUACACCAAGAUUUUUAUUUUUACCUUCUCUACAUGUUUGAGAUGUUUUGAUGGUUAUGCGCCAGUGGUAGAAGGGCUGUCAGGAGCUUAAAUCAUGGAGUCACCAUUUAUUUUGCAGUUUGUUCAUUGAGAAAAAUUAUGUCAGAGAAAAACAAAUACUUGCCACCUGGUGACUGCCUCCAUACAGAUCUCAGCAUCAUUUCAGUGUUAAAUCGAAUUCAGAAAGGUCAUUUCAAAAAAAAAGAGAUUCUCAAGUUGUUGAAGUAUUUUUAAGCUCUUAAUAACUAAAUCAGAGACAAUCUGCAAGCAUUCAUGGUUACUCAUUUAUUUUUGGGCCAAAAUGACAUGCCAUUGGAAGCAGUGAAGCUCUCCUUGGGAAUGGAUUUUAUGAACGCUGCAUGUCAGUGACGUUGCUGAGACCUGUCUGAGGGCACUGUGGCCUGUCUUGACCAUGUCCGCAAUCACAAGAGUCUCAAGGGAGCUAGUGACUUCUAGAUCAGGUAUUACUUCAGUGCAGCUGUUUGUGUAUUGUGGCCUCCUGAUCCUAUUCAGGUUACACUCAACAUGGGGAUUGGGAAAUCCUCUUGAGAUAAGAGUGUAUGUUGAAUUUCAGAUUUAAUUUUGAAAUACAAAGCACAAAUGUUUCUCUAUUUUUAUGUGAGACUGAAAGCUAGUGCUGACCAGUCAUUCGGUUCUGAAAAGGUUCAGCUGUUGUCAAUUUUUUCAAUGUAGCACAGACUGUUGAAUGAUCUCCUGUGAGAGAGUUGUCAUGUGUGGGUGCCUGUUUAAUUACUCAGUUUUGGUAUGUAUAUGCUAGGAGUUUGUCAAGGCUUUUUGGGGUUCGGACUUGAACAUAGAAUGGGAAUUGCAAAGGUCUACCUGUAUGAUUUGUAGUUGUGUCAUAAUUUUAAAAUAAUGAACGCUAUAAUUAUGUACAUUGGUUGAUCAACUCCAUUUAAUUUUUGAACUUCCUAAAUGGCAUAUCAGUACAGCAUUUGCUGGAUGCUAUCACCCUGUUCCCAAAGUCUUACUCCUUAAACAUCAGCACCUUGCUGUCCUGCCUAUGUCUCUGCCUCCGGUUAUUCACAGUUAAAUAAUGAAUCCAGGGCUUUCUCAUACAGUGUUAUGUAAUGUUCCUUCAUAACCAAGACAGACAGACCAACUGACUGUUACUUACAUCAGCAUCUUAAUCACUUUCUCACAUCUCAGUUUUAACUUGUGAGAACUAUGCUUUAUGAUAUAUUUGUAGUUCUUUCAAAUUGCAUGGAAGAAAAUGGUCAAAUGAUCCUCAAAUGUGGCUGUAGCAUUUGAACUUUACACAAUUGAAGGGACCGGAGCCAUGAACACACCAGAAAAGGAUAUUUCUUACUUCUUCAUGAGUAAUUGCAGUGAAGACAUUAGCAGCAGCUGCAAUCACAGGUCUGGGAUAUUGUUCAUCAGUUAUUUUGGUGCUGAGUCUUAUUGCUUUAUUUCAAUGUUUCAGCAGCAAUGUAUUGGAUACCACUGGUCUCACAGAUAUUUUCAGCUGUUCAUUACACUGUUCCCCUCUGGAUAAUUGCACAAAAGCAUUCAAUAUGGAAAAUAAAAUAUUAAUUGUGCAAUGA